UUGGAAAAGCAUAACAAAGGAGCCAUGGGUGUUUUCACGAGAACAGGAUCGUUGAUUGGUUGGGGAGCCGCCAUCGGAACCUCUUUCGCCUUCUUCUCAACCGCCUCCGCAAACCUCAGAGAAACCGAAGACGCCUUCAACGUCUUCAUCGGCGGUUUCGCGGCCGGUGCAGUCGCUGGUCUCAAAAAGGGUAAAGUCACCUCGGUUCUCGGGAUGGGUGCACUCAUCGGAUCGACGUUCGCUGUGGUUGAUUGGUGUGGUGGAUCCUACGGUUCCAUCUAUCAGGGGAUGACUGAAGAGGAGAAGGAGGAGCUUAAGAAUAAGUGGUUCACGGCGAAGAAGAGGUAUUAUCGGGCGGAGGCGGAGGAGGUGUUUGGAAAGGGACGGGUUGCCUAAAUUUGGGGCGCGGUGUGAAUACAGAGUUCGGUAUGUACGGUAUACGAUAAUGAACGACAUGCAUGACAGAGAGUG